AUGGCUCUCCCCGCCUACAAGACCACCUUCCUGGAGUCCUGCCUGUCGGCUAAUGUGCUGACCUUCGGCACCUUCACCCUGAAGUCAGGUCGCCACUCCCCCUACUUUUUCAACGCCGGCAUCUUCAACACCGCCUCUCUCCUCUCCGCUCUCUCCACCGCAUACGCCCACACCAUCAUCACCUUCCUCGCCGAGAACCCUUCCAUCCCCAAGCCCGACAUCAUCUUCGGCCCCGCAUACAAAGGCAUUCCCCUCGCCUGUGCCACCCUCCUCGAACUGAACCGCAUCGACCCCGCCACCUGGGGCAGCGUGUCGUACAGCUACAACCGCAAAGAAGCGAAGGACCACGGCGAGGGCGGCAACAUUGUCGGCGCCGCUCUGAAGGGCAAGACGGUGCUUGUGAUUGACGAUGUCAUCACUGCCGGCACUGCGAUGCGCGAGACCCUCAACCUCGUCGCGAAGGAGGGCGGCAAGGUCGUUGGAUUCACUGUUGCUCUGGACCGCUUGGAGAAGAUGCCCGGACCUAAGGACGAGAAUGGAGUCGAGGACGACAAGCCCAGAAUGAGCGCUAUGGGUCAGAUUCGUAAGGAAUAUGGUGUGCCCACGACGAGUAUUGUUACUCUGGACGACUUGAUCAAAUUGAUGCAGGAGAAGGGCAAUGAGGCCGAUAUGAAGAGGUUGGAGGAGUAUAGGGCUAAGUAUCAGGCUAGUGAUUAA